AUGUCUGCACAGGCCCCCAUUCUCUUUGGCAAGUUUGUUGUGACAUCACAAGUCUUUUACAAAACCAAAUGGUCAUUCGGUCUUGUCAACAUCCGGCCAAUCGUUCCGGGGCAUGUGCUGGUGUGUCCGCGGCGCGUGGUUUCACGCAUCAGUCAAAUGACUGAAGAAGAAGCUAUCGAUUUCUACAGUUCCGUUCAAAAAGUCGCACGCGUCGUUGAAACCCACUACAAAGCAGAUUCUCUCAACAUUGCAAUCCAAGACGGUCCCUUAGCAGGACAAACUGUCCCACACGUUCACUGCCAUAUAAUCCCAAGACGUCUUAAUGACCUCCCCAAUGUCGACGAUAUUUACAAAAAACUAAACGGUAAAGAGGGCGACCUGGAAUACGUUUUUUCUGUGCUUAAGGCCAAUGCCAACGGAGACAAGGCGUUCCAGAGCCCCGAUGAUACGCGCGGCGGUCCGCGGACGCUGGAAGUCAUGCAGGACGAAGCCCAAAUGUUGUCCAAACUGUUUUAG